AUGAAAUUAGAAAACUUCAUUGGAUUUAGCAUCACCUUGUCUAUAAAACGGACUUCAGGGCCCCUCUCGGAGUUGGAAACCAGGUCGUGUGCUUCAGCAGAAACUGGAUCUGUUGUGCAUCUUCAAGUGAUUCUAGGAAUGUGUCCCAGAUUUGGUGAUUGCAUCGAAUUACGAGUCUUUUCAUCACACACUUUCUCAUGCGAUCAGCGUCAAUCAAUAUUUUCCUGGCGUCAAGGAGACCCCGAAGCACGUAAUUAUUCCGGCGUCCUGUGUCGUUCUCCUCCUGACAAUUUUCAGCAUCAAAACGGACGCCCUUCUAGAAUCCCCGACACAAAGAACACGCUAUCCUGA